CCGCCCCCGUGGCGGCGGGGUGGCCGCAGAGCUGCGGCCGCGGCCCCGCACGGCCCGGCCGUGCCAUGGCGGUGCUGGGGCAGGGCGCGGCGGCGGGGAAGCCGGCGCUGCUGGUCAAAGUGGUGAUGGCCGGGGAGUCCUGCGUGGGGAAGACCUCCAUCGUGCGGAGGUACACGGAGCCCGGCGCGGCUGCCUCCUCCUCCUACCUGGCCACGAUCGGCAUUGAUUUUAAAGUAAAGCUUAUAACGCUUAAUGAUACAAGAGUGAAACUUCAAAUAUGGGAUACUGCUGGCCAGGAACGUUUCCAUACGCUUAGUACUAGCUAUUUUCGUGGAGCACAAGGCUUUGUGCUUGUAUAUGACAUCACAAAUAUGGACAGUUUUCAAGGCAUAACAAGCUGGAUGAAAGACAUCCAUGAGAAAGCAGGUGAUGAAGUGGACGUAGUACUGUUGGGCAACAAGUGCGAUAAGGAGUCUGAACGUGUAGUUCCAAAACGUAAAGGAGAAAAGCUUGCUUGGGAGCAUGGGAUACCCUUUUUUGAAACCAGUGCCAAAGAUAACGUGAACAUUGAGGAUGCAUUUUCAGUCUUGACUAAGGAGAUACUGGAAAAGGUUUCCUCAGAAUAUGCAUACUGUGAAGAGGCCACAUGCUGAUGGAAAGAGCAGACCUUUUAUGUUCAGCAAUCAAAUAUUUUAUCCAAAGAUCAUAGUUGUUUGUUUGGAUGAUUUACACUACUGCUUGGGAAGAUCUCAGAACUUAAAGAUUUGAGUUAAUUAGUGAUAGAAUCAAUAUUGUAGCUGUCAGAGUUGGCAUCUCUAACCACUUAGAUUGUGUUGGCGUAAAGGUCCUUGCUACUCAGAGUUGCCAUACAAAACUCUUUUGUAGGACUGAAUUAUUGUUAAUUAGCUAUGAAAAUGUUUUGCAUCGCAAUUUAUUUUUAGACAGUAGAAUAUUAUUUUAGACAUUAAUGGAUGUUCUUCAUGCAAUGCAUUAUCAUUGCCAUUCAUCACCAAUAUUAGUUAUACAAAACUAGCCUUCCAUUCCGAAUACUCUUGAAGUCAUAAUAAAGAUAAAUGAGCAAAAUUACUGACAAAGUCACAAGUUGCAGUGUUUUGAUUAAAUAGCCAUAGAGGAUGGUCAGAAUAAUAGCUCAGGGCUGGACUGCUUCUAAAUCAAGGUCCUGUCCUAGUAUACAAUAACACAAGCUGUAGUUUUAUUUGUUGUUGUAAAUUUUUUUUAAAAUAUAUGAUUUUGACUCCCUUAGCAUGAAAAUGAAACUCAACUCCCAAAUAUCAUUUAGAAGAGGAGGAUAGCAGGUCUUUGAAUAGCUGAGAAAAAGUCUCAAAUAAGAUAACUUUGAAUUUCUUGUAAAUGAAAAAGACACUUUCAACUAUAAAUAAACAGUAUAUUUGAUAGUAUGCAGCAUGAAAGCUACAAAGCAAUAGCUAUGAUCAUAACUGCUGCAAAGACAAAUAUCUGCAAAGCUAACAUUUCUGCAUAGUGCAUUUGGGUAUGAUGUGAGAGAAUUCUCUGCAGCAUUCAGAAAUGGUGUUUGGUAUUUCUCACUCCAAGAUUGCCUGUAUUCAUUUUACUUAAGGUGUAAUUUUAGUAUUCCUACUAAUCUUCGUGAAAAUCCAUGGUUAUUAUAGUGUGGAUAUGCAAACAAAUUCAGACCAUUGUACUCCAGCAUGGCUUGAAUUAGAACUCCUUGAGAAUACGAUUAUACAGUCUGUGUGCAUGUACAUGUGUUUGGAAAAUAAGUCCAUGAGAAUUUGUCAAGUUUGUCUGUAGUAACAUUUCGCCCUGUCUAGAAAUGUUUGCAAGAGUUUGUCUAUAGUAACAUUUCACUCCAUCUAGAAAUGUUUGCAAUCCCUGUUGGGGCUUUACAUGCCAUUACUUUGGUGUAUAAUUUGUUAUUUGUAGUGAAAGACAUUUGUUGAUUUAAACAAGGACUCCUUCAGCCCAAUUGGUUUUGCCACUGGCCUGAUAAGAAAGAAUUCACAGGAAAAAAAAUAAAUAAAUCUACCAUACAGUCUCAUCAUGGUUUUCAGGUUCAACAAAAUAAUUUGCUUGUUCACAAAACUGUGAAAUCUGAAUGUACUACUUGAAUUUUAACUUCCUCUAACUGAUGAAAUUUUGGAGAAGGAAAAAUGUGCUAAGAAGUGUGACUAGUAGGUGUGAAAAAUGACAUGAUAGCUGCCAGUCUGAGAUCACUUCGGUCAUACAUCCAUUCUGCAAUGGUAAAAUACGUACUUGCUGAUUUGAAGAAGGAGAUACAUCAUUACACAGUGUUUUGGCCCAGGACGUGUAUCUGAGGUAGCAGGAUAUUGGGCCUUGCUUACUUCUGUGGUAGGACCAUCUAUGCCAGACUGAUGAGAUGCUUCAGUGGAAGCAUGUCAUUGCUUUACCAGUCCCAUAUAGAAAACUUGUUUGAAGGAGCUCUCUUAAAAAGUCUAGUAUGGCCAUGCCUUUUGGAAGUGGGCUUAGGUCAUUCAGAAGUAAGAGAGGCAGGCAGACAGACAGUAGACCAUUUUCAGAUGCAUUGCAGUAGGCUACAUUAAUCUUGGGAAAUCUAGGAUUUUCUGUAUACACUCUUGUUCACCAUCUACAAUACAGGCGUUUCUCUAUUAACUAGUUCUAUAGGAAAUACACAUGGAGAUGGGGAAGAUCAAUGUCUGGAAAUGUAGAGGUCAUAUAGAAGUAAUGAGCUUCUCGAUUCUCUUGAAAUUUAGAACAAGUUGCAGUUCGAAGUAGGAUUCCCAAUUAAAUGUAUAUAUAUAUAUACACAUUAAAAUGUGUCAGACCUAAAGGGCAGAUUUGUAUUGUCAUUAUUUUGUCCUGCAUUUUCCUAUUUGUAGACUGUGGAUUUAAACCAACAGACCAUGCUACUUAUGUGAGACCAUACUAUGUCUUCUUUUGUGGCUUUACUUUUAUCUGGUUUAGGGGAGGGAGAAGACUUCCAUGUCCCAGUGAUUCAUAUAGCUAAAACACUGCUCAACUUUUCAGAUAUUUAUAAUCCAUGAAAACCAUUCUCUGAUGGGUUUCAAACCCAUGGCUCUAAUUUGCAUGGAAAAUCUCAUUAAAACAAUCAGAUAUUAUUCGAGAGCUUACAUUGGUUCCAGCUGUGGAGUCAUGACAUAUUUUUGAGAAUAGUUAACUCACAGUUUUCAAUCAUUAUCAGAUAAUAAUCACAAAAUCAUAGAAACAUAGAAACAUAGAACAGCUUGGAUUGGAAGAGACCUUAAAGAUCAUCUAGUUUCAAACCCCAAAUAAUAAUUGAUUUCAUUGUAUUGGAAAGGCUAUAGUGGAAACAAAUGUUAAUUGCACUUACAGCUUAUUCCAGAGGUUUGCUUAGACAUGUUGACAAAUAAAUUCUUUUUUUAUUGUUAUUAUUCACAAUUCUUGCAAGUCUCAGAUUUGCCUAAACCUGCUUAUUAAUUGAUGACAGCUGUUCCUUAACAGUGCUUCAGGUUGCCAGUGAGCUAUUUGUACUUGUGAGUCAGUCCUCAAAAAACAACCAAACCCCCAAAAUACCACCCAGAAUGCAGUUAGUAUUUGCACUUCUGUGUUGUUUGGUUUCAUGGCAGACGAGCAGUACUCUCUUCAACUAGCUUUUAAAAAAAUGUUACAAGCCUUUGUGUUUCUGUCUUUGUGGGUGUGGUGGUUGGUAUUUUUCUAAACUAGGAGCAGAAGGAUGGAAACUGUAUUAAACAAAAAGAAAAGGAAAAAAAAUGCAGUUCUUGCUCUUUUCUGAAGGCUGCUAUAAAACUAUCCGAAACUUAUGUUCUGCCUACAUCCCAAAAUUGAUCAACUGCUAAGAUUGUUUUAAUGUUAUAUUAAAUAAAUACAUAUCUUCUGAGCACAGAACAGCCAAAACCUAUUUAAGAACUUUCCUUGUGCUGUUGAGGUUAACAUGUAAAGUCUAACAGUUAGAUGUAAUUUGAGAUGAAUAUUCAAACGUAAUAGGCCUCAACUCUGUCCUUCCUUGAUCUCUUUAGUUUUCUUUCCAAGGCAACAAGAUCUUUGAGAUUAUAUUUCCUUGAAAAUAAGGUGCUGGGUGAAGGAGAGGCAGAGCACUCUGCAGAAGGAAGGUCUCCAGCAAUAGCUCAUACGGUAUUAGACACAGACAGAGGCUGAAAAAUGCUUUGACCAGCUUCUCCAGCUGGAGCUUGCAUCAUAGAUACCAAAUUUAAUUCAAUGCAGGACACAAAUCCAUAGGAAAUCAGACUUCAUCAUUGCUGAGAUUCUGGGAAUUGUUAGUGUGUCCUGAAGAUCCCCGUGUCUCAAGCAGUGCACAUUCCGUGUUUAUUUAUUAUCCUUAGUCAUGCAUGAAGCCCCAGGCUUUAUUUACCCUUUAUUUAUCUUGUACUGACCACAGAAUAUUAAUUUCUUCAUGAGGUUUUUCAUAAUGCUCUUAAUGCUGUAUUUGAGAUCUAUUUUAGAUUUUUAUCUUCAUAACCUUAGUAACAGUAGGUAGUAUAUUCAGCAUUGCACACAUGGGAACCAUGGUACAGAUAUUAAAGCAAAAAGGAUAAAUGGUACCAACUCACAUAGCACUGGAGCAACGUAAGGCCUAAUUUUGCUCUACAUCUUGUUUAAUUGAAAAAGGUCAGUUCUGAACAUUGAAUGAGCCAGAUAUUCUUCUGGAAACAGUAACAUGUAAUUAGGUCAUGUAAAUCAAAUGUUGAGUCUUAAUCUCUGGAUCUUAAUCAUAAUGUUUGAGCAUAUAGGAUGAGAUUCAUCUCAGUGAGCAACCUUAGGCAGUUAAAAUGACUAGGCUGAUGUAGUCUAGAAUCAUAGAAUCACAGAAUGUUUUGGGUUGGAAGGGACCUUAAGGAUCCUCUAGUUCCAACACCCCUGCCAUGGGCAGGGACACCUCCCACUAGAUUGGGUUGCUCAAAGGCCACAUCAUCUAUAUUCAAUGGAAUGAAACACAUCUUUGGAUAUAAUUGUGUUCUGGAGGUGCCUUUCUCUCUACGUUGAGGACUUUGUAAAAGACUCUGUAUCACAGCCUUUAUGGUUUCAUAUGAUUAAUUAAAUUCAAGGAAACCAAAGUAAAGUUACACAGUUGGCUUACUUCUGGAAUUUGCUGCUUCUGCAAGAUCGUGACUUUGCAACCUGAUUGCUCUCUUAAAUAGGGCUUUUGAGAUGGAAUGAUAUUAAUCCUUACACAGAUAUCAGUAGGGUUGGGUUUUCUUAGAGUAACAGCAUAGUUGUCUUCUUAAGCUUGUGAAAUAAUUGCAGUACAAUGUUGUUAAAGUCUAUGUGUUAUUAACAGAAGAGGGAGAUAGAGAUCCACACUUUGCCAGUGGGUUAGAUGUGUCUUAGACGUUGUGGAAUAGUAGGAUUUGGGAGCAAGGACUUCCAUUCCCAUCUCUUGAAGAAGGUGUUCUGCAGCGGUGGGGUCCUGUUGUGUCUUAUCCUCUCUUGGUCUUCUCCUACUCCUGUCCCUGCCCCAACAUUGAUCGCUUUCCCUGCUAAUGUAUCUCCAGCUCUUGCUGAUGCUGCUUGUGCUCUGUCCUGGUCAUUCUUGUUGGGAGAUGACUGUUUUGUAUUUUGAACAUGUAAUUUCAAAUCUAGAAUUGCAGAAUACAAGGAGAAUACAGGUUAAAAAAAUAGUGGGACAGAUCUUAACAACUGAGCUCUCUCUUUGGCUGUGUAGGUACGGAAGUCCCACGAAGUUCAUUGCACAAGGUCCUCUGCCAUGCUUUGCCAAUCUUUGUCAGAAUUUUAAGAAGUUACAAAUAAUAGUAACAUCAGUUACAGUCCCUUCUGCAUGUUUCUCUAAAGCCAGUAGUUUUCCAGCAGACACUCUGGGUCUGCCUUUGGUAGAGGCAUUGAAAUUUUGAAAAAUUGUAUCAGUCUUCCAAACCCAUGGUGAACCCUGUUUCCAAAAUAACUAAAACAGUAUAAAAAUACCAAAAACUGGUGCCAAUCCAAUGCGCUUUAACACUGUUAAUCUGAGCAGAUUUCCAGCGAGGGACAGGAACUGAUCUUAACUAAGGUGUAUAAAUUUACUACUUUAGAAACCAUUCAAAGAGCCCCCCUUAUGUUUUGAUGCUAUUUCUAUUUCCCAUCUCAUCACAGUUUGUCUAUCUACAAGUCAGGUACCUGUUGUAAGUCGGUGGUACAAGCUCUGCUUAGAGCUGGUGAGGAGAGCCAGAUGGCUGUGGGGAGCACCUCAUCCUGCCUGAUUUUCUCCACUGAUUCUGCAGUGAGCUUAAAACACUUAAACAGAUGCCCGUCUGUUGGGUGAGACAUGUCUGCUAUGGUAUUUAGCAGGAAGAACUAGUAUUUUAUAGCAGUAGAUUUCAGUGUCGUAAUGAAAUCACUGUAGGAUAGAAAGAAUGGCAUCUAUUUCCGUGGUGGUAUGUUCAAAAGUUCGAAAGGAAGAUCCUGAAGAUGUGGAAACUUGAGCUUCUCAAUAUCGCUUCAGUUAUUCUCACCUUUUCACUGUUUUCUGCUGUUUGUUGGCUGCCUUGUAGGGAAGUGAGUUUCAACAGGUUGAGCUGAAAUGUGAGCUAGGAGGAUGUAUUGAGAGGGAGGGAGCCCAGAGCAAGGAAUGUUGCUUGCCUUGUUCUCUGAGAUGGGGGAAAUUUGCAUACCUGCCCUCCUUAAUUUAAUGAGAGGAGGGUGCCGCACCUUUUACAGGACUUGACUGGAUCUCAGUACUACACAGGACUGCUGUCUCUGCCUCAGCUCCUCAUGCAGGACUCAUAGUAUCUCUUAAAGUUAUGAAUAUGUACUUUCAAAAUGUGUGCAUAGCACAUAGGCUUUAAUGAAUCCCAAGCUUGUCUGCUUGAUGAAGAUCUUUUAUGAGUCUUAUCAAACUGAAGUGAUCCUUAAAGUCUUCAACAUUUCAAGGACGUUUAAAACAAAAUACUACCUCUUCUUUAUUGGUGGAGAGGCCAUUCUUGUCUUUUCGUCCUGGAUAAUUUGUUGAUUAACUACUACCAGAUAAUGAUUUUACAGAUGGUAUGAACAAUUUCAUUGUGAAAUAGGUUUCAUCAUUAUUAAUCACCUAAGGAUCCUUACUGUACCUAUUACUGGCCACCCAGAAGUACUAUCCAGCAGUAAAAUAUUUGCAAAUAAGCACUGUCAGUGUUUAAGGAAUAUGCAAAUCACUGCCCUUUAACUGAAAGCAUGAAGUUAGAUGUAACCCGCAACACUUUAAAAUUAUCUGUUUCCUCUAAAGUUAAGUAAGUGAAACUUGAAUACUGGAAUUGUUCAAAUAUUUUUUUUUUGGAACACUCUUAUUACCUAGACUGAUUUUUUUUUCUUGCGAAUAAAAAGGUGUGAAAUGAAACCUCCUUAGCUUAUGUCCACGGUAAUCAACACUCAGUGUUACUGCUUGGUCUCAACAAAGUACAUUUUAAAUUUCUUUUUGUACUGUUUUCUUCCAGAUCUUUUUUCUCACUAUCUUAUCCCUGAACCAGAGUGGUGUCAUGUUCUUGAGGUGACAAGUUUAUGGUUGAUUACAUUAGUUUCUGCCUUGCUGCUUCUUUUGAAAAGGACUUCAUACUUUACAUUUACAGCCUACACAUAAAGACUCUCAAAUACUGUCUCCACCUAGAACAAGACCUAACGGCCACUAUGUGUAUUCAAGCAUCCUACACAGCAGAAAAAAAAUAAUUUAAUGCAUCUUCUCCAGAAUUUUAGAUAGUGUUAAAUAUUCUCAGCUAAAGGGGAAUAGUGCUUAUUUUAACAUGAGGAAACUUUUAUUUUCCCAUGAUUUUGAUUUGACUGAAUAAUUUUAGGUGAACUUUUCUGGGUAUAGUCAGACUGCUCUGUGACACUGUAUGUGGAAUUUCUGGAUUCUAAAUCAUGACUACCAUUGUCUUACAUGAUGCAACUUUUUUUCUUCUUCCUUUUUUUCCUGUGCUUUGAAUUUCAUGAAUUCCAGCUCAGAUAUCUGUCCUUUCUGGAACCUUCUUAUUAUUGUGAGAAAUGGUUGUUUAUGGCUGUUGGGUUUGGUUUGAGAGAGGAAUGUGGUGAUUCCAGUGGUUGCGCUUACUUCUCUGUAUAUCAUUAUAUACUUGGUAAACCUGCCAAGAAGCAUACAGCGGAAUGGCAAGUAGAAAAGUUUGGACUUUAUUUUUCAAGGCAUGUGACAAUAAUCUCAAUGUCUUUGUGCUUGAGUUCAGGAUUCAAUAUUCAUAUUUUUAGAGUCCAAAGUUGCAACAUUUACUAGUACUCUGUUGCACAACUGCUUUUGAUUGUUUCUCUGGUUAGCACUAAUUAUCUAGUUAAGUUUAUUGCCGAAAGGAAGAGUGCUGGUUUUGCUGGUUUUAUUUUUUAAAUCUGCUUUUGCAAUCUGUAAAUAAAUGUUUUACAAGGGUGGAGUGCUAUUUUGAUAGUUCUAUCCUGAUAAAGACUUAGGUUGCUUCCAUUUGGACCUAUUUCU